AUGGAUCGGAGAAGGACGGGGAGUCCAGUGUACACUAGGCAGUGGAGUGGAGGUUCUAGCAGCACGGGCUCUUCAUCUCCGGCGAGGUCGCCGGCGCAUCCUCACUCGCGGUUGCCACCGGCGGCUGGAUUCUCCACAAUCAAGAGGACUCAAAACUUCGCCGCCAAAGCCGCGGCGCAGCGUUUGGCGCGAGUCAUGGCGUCACAGACGACCGAAGAUGACGAGGAAGAUGAUGAUCUAGGGUCUCGGUUUGGGGAUCCGCCACCUUCUUUGCCUGCUAUUUCGAUUUCUAAGCCUAACAGAUCUCCGUCUCCUGCGUUAGGCCGGAACGGUAUGGAUCACACAUCUUCAGUUCGUUCUACAUCAACAGGGAGGCCAUCAUCACUGUCUGUUCGUUCAACAACCAUGGUGCCUCCUAAUAGAACAUCCUUAAGAACUCCAGUCUCCAUCCCCCCAAUAGAUCCUCCUAGUAACAGACUAAGAGAAAAGAGGUUUCCAGCGGAUAUGGGACGUGUUGAUUUCAAAGAUACAGGAAAUCAGCAUGAAGCUUCUGCACUCCGUGAUGAACUUGAUAUGCUUCAAGAAGAGAACGAGAUUAUUUUAGACAAGCUUCGUUCUGCAGAAGAAAAACGCGAAGAAGCAGAGGCCAGGGCCAGGUUGCUAGAGACACAGGUGGCUUCUCUUGGAGAAGGUGUAUCCCUGGAAACUAAAUUGUUGAGCAGGAAGGAAGCAGCAUUGCGUAAAAGAGAGGAUGCUCUUAAAGCUUUAAUGCAGAUGAAGGAUGGGAGGGAUGAGGAGGUUGCUGCCCUUCGUGCAGAAGCAGAGAACUUCAAAGAUGAGGCUGCAAAUGCUGUAGAACAGUUUCAGGAAGCUGAAUCAGAAGCAAAAGCUCUUCGUACCAUGACACACAGAAUGAUUUUGACUCAUGAAGAGAUGGAGGAGGUUGUUCUGAAGAGGUGUUGGCUUGCUCGCUACUGGGGCUUAGCUGUACAACAUGGCAUCUGUGCAGAUGUAGCCGUCUCAAAGCAUGAGCACUGGUCAUCUUUAGCACCUCUUCCAUUUGAAAUUGUCAUUUCCGCUGGGCAAAAGGCCAAGGAGGAGUCUUGGAAUGGUGGUGAUGAUUCAGAUAGAAAGAGCAAACAUGUCCGUGAUUUGAGUGAUUUAACUGGGGAAGGAAAUAUUGAGAGUAUGCUUUCUGUUGAAAUGGGUUUAAGGGAACUAGCUUCCUUGAAGAUUGAGGAUGCUGUUUCAAUGGCUCUGGCACCACAUCGACGUCCAAAUUUGGUUCGGCAGUCCUUCUCUGAUUUCAAAUCAACGGCUGAUCCCAAAUUCACAGAGGCUUUUGGGUUGGAAAUGCAUUUGAGUAUUUUACUUCUGUCAUUUUCUUAUGUGAUUGAGGAUGCUGUUUCAAUGGCUCUGGCACCACAUCGACGUCCAAAUUUGGUUCGGCAGUCCUUCUCUGAUUUCAAAUCAACGGCUGAUCCCAAAUUCACAGAGGCUUUUGAAUUAAGUCAGGAUGAGUCUGAAGAUGUUCUUUUCAAGGAGGCUUGGCUUACAUACUUUUGGAGAAGAGCCAAAGUCUAUGGUGUAGAAGAAGAUAUUGCUGAAGAACGGCUUCAGUUCUGGAUAAGCCGUAGUGGGCAGUUGCCAACAUCACUUGAUGCUGUCAAUGUUGAACGAGGUUUGGAAGAACUGAGAAAGCUGGGGAUAGAACAGCAAUUGUGGGAAGCAUCGCGGAAGGAAAUUGACCAGACCUCUGCAUCUCCGGUUGCUAAUCACAAUCUUGCUGCAGAAUCAGAGACUUCUUCAUGAUAAAAAAUUAAAAAAAAAAUGCUGCCAUGAUAUGUUGAUUCUUUUUUAUUUUAAAAUUUUAGAUUUUUCUCCAUACAAAAUUUCAGCCCCAUGGCUGGGGGCUAUUUUAUACUCCUUUCUUUUUGGUUCCUUGUAAACGAGAACUAGAAUAACUGUAUUAAUAGUCUGAGGGAAGUUUAGCUAACUUCUGCCCAAUAGAUUGGAUGGUACAUAGACCCCAUUGAAAGUUUUGUAUUU